CUAUAGCCCAAAAAAAUUGCUACAGAAAGGCCAAAGAAGCUUCUUUUCAGCAUCAACAAAACCACCACUUGUAAUACAGGGGGGUCACUCAAAAAGAGCCUCCCUUUGUUGUUUCUUCCAUCUCUUUGUGCUUACCAUUGAGCCAUUCUCAUCUCCCUUUGCCAUCUAGUUCUUCAAUCAAAUAUCUUUCAAGGUUUUCUGGGUUUGUAUUUCGCGGUGUUAUACUUUCUGUUUGAAAUUUGAUGUCUAGGCCACAGGAACAAGAUUACAUAGGCUUGUCAGAGGCUUCUUCACUGGAUAGAAGCCCUACUGAGGCUGAGAAGGAAAAUGUCUUGAAUUUGAAGGAGACUGAGCUGAGACUUGGUUUGCCUGGCUCAGAAUCUCCUGAAAAAAAGGCUGGAGCUGGGGUAUCUCUAUUUGGGAAAGACAAGGAGGAAAAGACUAAUGGGUAUUAUUCCCUCAGCCCUUUGAAGAACUUUUCAUCUGGGUCCAAGAGGGGGUUUUCUGAUGCCAUUGAUGGUUCGGGCAAAUGGGUUUUCUCUGUUAAUGUUGGAUCUCAGGCUGAUUUGGGCAAAAAUGGUUCGGAGAAUAAGAACACACAGAAGCCUUGUUUGGAUGGGAGUAAUAUGAAAGUAGUCGUUUCUCAUGUCGAAGAUAAGAAGACUCAGGUUUCUCCUGUGAAUCAGCUUGGUAGUACUCCUCCUGCUGCCAAGGCACAGGUGGUAGGAUGGCCGCCUGUUCGAUCUUUCCGUAAGAAUACGAUGGCCACAAAUUUGACAAAGAAAUCAGACGAUGAAGGGAAGUCUGGUUCAGGGUGCCUCUAUGUUAAGGUUAGCAUGGAUGGUGCUCCAUACCUAAGGAAGGUUGACCUCAAAACCUACUCCAACUAUAUAGAACUCUCAUCAGCCCUUGAGAAGAUGUUCAGCUGUUUUACAAUUGGGCAGUGCGGUUCUCAUGGGCUUAGUGAAAGUCACUUAAAGGAUCUUCUCCAUGGCUCCGAGUAUGUGCUUACUUAUGAAGAUAAGGAUGGUGAUUGGAUGCUUGUUGGUGAUGUUCCGUGGGAGAUGUUCAUUGAUUCAUGUAAGAGAAUGAGGAUCAUGAAAGGCUCAGAGGCAAUUGGCCUAGGUAUGCCACUUUACUUCUACCCAUAUUUGAUUUUUGUCACUUCUAUUAUAAAGUUCCUCGUCUUUCCAACAUAACCAAGAUUCCUCAGAGCAUAAUAUCCAAUCACUAAAACCAUCUAUUUUCUUUUACCCUUUGAGCCAUUGACUGUAUCUUUACUUAUCGGCUGGCGACUCCUCAUACCAAAAAAUUUGGUCUGCUUGUUCCCAUGUCCCAAUGCACAGCUAGCCUCCCGAUGUGGUGAGAAUCUUUAGGCAUGAUCUUGCAGUUAGAGUGCAUUGGGAGAUGAAUUUUUUGGGCGGAAUAGAAGAUCUGUGUGUUACUUAUGGGGUUGUAAUAACUUCACUGAUUCUGUUGUUUGUAGCUCCAAGGGCCAUGGAGAAGUGCAAGAACCGCAAUUGAGUACCUGGAAAACAAAGAAAGCGAUUAUUCUCAAAAAGGAGAAAGGUUUUUUUUUUUGGGUUGGCCAUCUGGUUUCGAAUCUUGAAUGUUUUCCUGUUUUAGGCCUGUAGUAUUUCUUGGGUUGGAAAGUACCAGGCAGGUGUAUAACUGGAGGUGUCCAGAUCGAUGUUUUGCCGAUUAGUAAAAAGAUGGUUAUGUUCGGUUAUUCGAUUUUUUCUCUUGAUCUGUAUUCCUCUAUAUGAAAGUGUUUGUAAAUAUGAGUGUUAGUUGAUUUAAAA